UGCGGACCUUCCGCCACACAUUCGAACCCCCUUUCCGUUACAAACAGGCGUGAGAGAGUUGCCGCACAGCGUUGCAUUGCAUUUUCGCCCUGCCUCCCUGACCACCACCCAACAAGCAAGCGUGUUCCCUUUCUUGAUUUGUGUUGACACCACCAAUCGAGAGAACCCUGGCUGGCUGGCUGGCUGGCUGACUUCUUGUCAACAGCGCGUUGUAAAACAGGGCCACACAACCCACAGCAGCAACACACGAAACCCACGAACACCACACCAUGACUGGCAUGAACAACAGCGGGUUUGCCGCCUCCGCAAGAACUGCAAUGCCGGCGGCAGCGUCGCCGCGCCAGCAAGAAGGGCCAAGCGUUUCCCGCUUCAAUCGGGAGGCCGAAGCUGACGAUCGCUUCGCGGGCUUCAGCGUCGCUUUGUACUUGGACCAAGUUGACACGUUGCUCUCCAACCAAGACGAAGACCAACACGCAGCACCACACCUCCAAUCGCAACAGCAGCAACAGCAGCAACAACAACAACAACAACAGCAGCAACCACUUUCGAUCGUGCGGACAGAUUCUGGCGGCCAGCGCGAUGUUUCCCGGUCACGCCCACAAUGGCAACAACGCAGCACGCGGUUCCUCCAACCUUGGUGCUCUUCCCCCUCUGAGGAUGCUGAAGCUGAUCGUGAUUAUGGUGAUCAUGACAGCGGAACCACGGCAAGGCUCAGGCACAGCUCGAGCACUAAGGGCAUCCUCGAGAUCAGCGCCACACCGACAAAGCCAUCCUAUCAUGACGAUACCGUUGGUCAAGACUUUGUGCAGUGGUUCCAGCGCCACCGCCUCGAGUUUGAACAGGGGCAUCACGACAGCGACUGCCAGAGCACCGCCAGCACAACAUCAUCCACGGCAACCGCAUUGACUGUCCACACACGCGGCAGCGACUGCAGCAGCGGCGACGACACUGUUGCUGAACAUGAUGGUGGUGAUGAUGAUCUGCACGACUGGGAUUUCAUUCGUCUCCCUGCGGAGACCAUUCUGGACAUUCUUCGGCACAUAAAUGGCUCCGAUAUUGUUCGGCUCUCCUGCACCUCAAAACGGUGGCGGGCGUUUGUGCUGAAGUACCAGGACGAGAUCUUUGAGCGCGCGUGUUUGAAGAAAGGGUGGACGUCGCUCCCGGGCAGCCCGAGCAACGCCAACCCGCGUAUCCGCCGCCCCGUUGUCCCGCACACGGCCACGGUCGACUGGCUGUGCAUCUUCCGUCGCAACACAGAGGUGGAGCAGCGGUGGCGGCGCGGGCACUUCAACAUCGCCGUCCACUCUGCGCGCACCGCCAACGUGCACCUGCCCAAGUUCACUGCAGAAAGCUGGGGCGACAUGCUUGACGCGAACUGCUCAUCAUCGCCGCCAUCAUCAGCGUCACAAGCGCUGCCGGCACAGCCACCAGCAAUGGCCAGAGGUGUGCAGGGUUUGGCGUUGGCAACCCCUGCUGGCGCUGCUGGCGGUUGUUGUGGUGGUGAUGAAGAUGAUGAAGAUGAUGAACAAUGCGAUGACGACAGCAACACGCAAGAGAACCGUGCGCCCAGGCAGCAUACAUCCAACCGCGCAAAACAGACAGCACCGCCAUCAACAGCAGCAGCAGCGCGUGCAGUGGGGCAGGUGUCCCGUGUUCCUCUUCGCAGUAGGGAGAACACACGUGGGGGUGAUGGCGGUGGAUGGAAUAUGGCGUGGUGGUCAACAGCAGCAGUGCAGGGCGAGGUGGAAUUCUGA